AUGGCCACAGUUUUUCUUCUACUCUCCACCGUGAUAUUGACGGUACACUGUACUCACCUCUCUCCCACGAUAGAGGACUACCAAGCCCUGACCAACAGAUUACUGGCUAACUACUCCAGCAAGAUCAGACCUAUCUGGGAUCAGAGUAAGAGCCUCCCCAUACAAGUCAGCAUGUGGUUAGCUGGUAUUAAUGACGUCAACGAUGUCGCCCAGAAAAUGGUUACCACAGCAUACCUUGAAGUCACGUGGACGGACGCCAUGUUGACGUGGAAUUCAACGGAGACAGGGAUUUUUUGGAUGCAUUUUAGUCAGAAAGAUUUAUGGAUACCAGACAUUGUGUUGAGUAAUGGCUUCACAACCUUCCAACCUCUAGGUGGCGAUUUCUAUUAUCUUUUCGUGGACAGCGAUGGAUCGGUGUCUUGGUAUCCGUACAUGGUGUUUGAAUCCAAGUGUGAGCUCGAUGUCUCAUUUUAUCCAUUCGACUCACAAACAUGUAAAAUCCAGUUCAAGUCGUGGAGCUACACGCAGUGGGAGAUAAAUCUAACCUUUGCUGAUGAUAAGAUUGGUCCAAUGGUAUUCAUUAUCCCAGCUGAUGCCGGAGAAAAAAUGGGUUACGCUGUCACGAUUUUUCUGACCUUCGUCGUGUUUCUAACUAUUAUCAGUUCAAACCUUCCAGUUAAUUCUGACAGUGUCUCGUACAUGGCUAUGUACCUCGUCAUCAAGCUUCUGUUUGGCGCCAUGAUUAUCGUCAUUACGUCAGUACAAUUACGAAUUAACCACAGGAAGUCAGAAAGGAAAAUUGGGAAGGUGUUCCAAGGUCUUGUAAGGCUGGAGCGUCGUCUGCGGUGUGCAGGUCAAAGAUCGGGCUCGGGCUGCGCAUGCUCAGGACGUGUGCAGGUAAUAGACCUUCCGGUUACGGAGGACAAAGAAAAGGCGGAGGAGGCAAUGGAUGAGGAAAUAAGCUGGAACGACGUGUCUUCUGCCAUUGACUUUUAUUCCUUUUGGUUCCUUGUCAUUGCAGAUAUAGCAGUUACUUCCUCCAUAUUUACAUAUACUGCAUUGAAUUAG